CGAUGGACUACCAGCCCGUCCUCGUCCAGAAACACGCAAGGCCAGCGCCCCCGCGGCACAGCGCAGACUCUCGCUACUGGCGACAGUUCAAGCAUCCCGUCUUCGUCAAGGAGUACGCCCCAGUCACCUCCGUUCACUUCGCGCCCUCCAAGCCACACCGGUAUGCAGUCACCGCCGCCACACGAGUGCAAAUAUACGCACCGCGCACACAGAAGAUCACAAAAACUAUCUCGAGAUUCAAGGAUGUUGCACGGAGUGGGUCCAUACGCGCAGACGGAAAGCUGCUCGUAGCCGGCGACGACAGUGGCCUCAUACAGAUUUUUGACGUCAAUUCUCGUGCCAUCCUCCGAACACUAGAAGGGCACAAACAACCUGUCCAUGUCACCAAAUUCUCUUCUCUUGACCAAACCCAGGUCCUCUCAUGUUCUGACGACACUACCGUCCGACUAUGGGACGUUCCCUCCCAGUCCCCAAUAACCAUCUUCCAGUCCCAUACCGACUACGUCCGUUCCGGACAAGUCUCCACCACUGACCCACAUCUCAUCCUCACCGGCUCAUACGACGGUACCGUCCGAUUAUUUGACACCCGCACAGGAGAAUGCGAGAUGCUCAUGGGUGCAGUGGGAGACUCGCAUGCGGCACACGGCUCUACACCCGUCGAACAGGUCCUCAUGUUUCCCUCUGGGACCGUGGCUCUCUCAUCUGCCGGGUCAAUUCUCCGAGUAUGGGAUCUCGUCGCUGGUGGUCGAUGCACCAGGGCGCUCUCAAAUCACCAGAAGACGGUCACUUCGCUCGCGUUCAACUCGAAUGCGUCUCGAGUGUUGACUGGUGGGUUGGAUCAUAUGGUGAAAGUGUACGAUGUCUCGAAUUAUAAUGUCGUACAUACCAUGCGGUACCCCGCACCAGUUCUUUGUCUUGCUGUUUCUCCUGAUGACACGCACAUAGCCGCUGGCAUGUCCGACGGUACCCUCUCCGUCCGUCGACGCCAGCCAAAAGCCUCAGAAGCCUCAGCCGCAGACGGGCCCUUCUCCGCCGCCUCUCUCCGCGCAGGCACAUUCGAGUCUUUCCUCGGAGGUACGAUACCCAAUCUCGGUCAGCUCCAGAUCAAAGACAAGACAAAAGCGAGGCCGGUAGGGGACGUGGAUGAGUUCAAGGUGGAGACGAAGAGGAGGAAGAGGCUGAAGGAGUAUGAUAGGUUGUUGAAGACGUUCAAGUAUUCUGCGGCGUUGGACUCUGUGUUGCGCAAGCAAAUCCCACCAACGACGACGUUCGCUCUCAUCCAAGAGCUUAUCCACCGUGAUGGAUUGCGCAGUGCACUCGCCGGUCGAGACGACGUUCUUCUCGAGCCAAUAUUACGCCUCCUUCUGAAACAUGUCUCCGACCCACGAUUCGGCGAGAUGGUAUGCGACGUCGCAGGCGUCGUCAUCGAGAUGUACACUCCCGUUCUCGGUCAAUCACCGCUCAUUGACACCCUCUUCCUCCGUCUCCGCAAAAAGGUCGCGGCAGAGCUUCGUUUCCAGAAGGAGCUCGUCAAGGCCAAAGGCGCACUCGACAUGGUCUUCGCGACUGCCGCGCUUUCCGUCUCGUAGCUCACUCCCCAUCCGUUGUAGACGACUGAUUCUGUACGUCUUGCUACAUACGUGUAGCAUGUGUAUCUUAUUUCUUGGCGAAAAGUAUCCUAGAGGGUC